CGCAACAAAAAUAUAAAAAUUAUCAGAUAAAAAUAGGGAAAAAUUUUCCGAGCUCACAGGGAGCGACAGCGAGAAGAAGGGAGAAAGACAGAGAAAUCGUCGGGGAGGAGAAGAAUGGGAGGCGGGAUGGAGGUGAACAAAAACCGGUGGAUCGAGGAGUGGAACGCCGGGAGGGAGAACCUGGAGUUCAAUUUCCGCUGGACCCGUCGCAACCUUGCCAUCGUCGGUAUCUUCGGCAUCGCCGUCCCCAUCCUCAUCUACAAGGGCAUCGUCAACGAAUUCCACAUGCAAGAUGAGGAUGCUGGAAGGCCGCUGAGGAAAUUUCUCUGAGGAAUAUGAAAAAUGGGUUCCGCUAUCUUCUUUCUUUCAAUAAUGGCAUAGAUCGUGUUCUUGACCAUUUGGCUUUUUCGAGUGAUUAGAGAAACGUGAUAGCCUACUGCUACUUUAUUUUCUGGUGUUUUCCCUUCUAGCAAACUUUAUGACGAUGGUAUGUUUUACAGAUUGAAUCAAGUGUUUCUCUUUUGCGAAUC